AUGGCGGUUUAUGGCCUUAGCGUCGAGUGGUACGAUGCCCAGCCGAUGUUGACGCGGGAGUUCGUCAUGCGCGUCUACGCUGAGGAACUUCAAGUUGAAAUGUACGACGCGAACUCGCGUCGCACAUUCCUAAAAAAAUCUCCACUUCCGAGUUCGAUUCGGUUGAACGAUUUACAUGUCGGGAACGAGAUUGUGUUGCACUCGCGGGCGUUAAAGAUUGUGCGAUAUGCCGAUCGAGCCACGGCCAUGGCUCUUAGCAAGUCUCAAAUCGUGUCGACAGUGCUUCUGACACCGGAGUGCAUUGCCUGCAGGAAGCUGGGCGCUGCAAUCUCAAUGCUGGAGGAUGCGGGCCUGACGAUAAAGAAGCUGAAGAUGGUAGCCCUUAACAAACCAGAAGCAGAUAAAUGCCUACAGCGACUACACAAGAGGCCGAAUGAAGGUAGCCAACUUAGCUCGAACAAAUGUGUCAUCGCGAGUGUGGCUGGCACGGAUGCUGUAGAAGCACUGACUCAGGCUUGCCGGGCAAUCUCCGAGUCCUUGGGUGCUCGCUUUGGUAGUAACUGUACUUGCUGCGUCGUGCGGCCCCACGCUGUGAUGGGCAAGCAGCUAGGGGCGAUCUUGUCACAUAUUGAAGCACUGCAGGCAUAUGAAAUUUCCGCUAUGGCACUGUUCAAACUUGACAUCCCAGCUGCAGCUGAAUUCCUCGAAAUCUACGAAGGCGUCAUUCCUGAGUUUGAGGCAUCAGUGAAACAGCUGAGUUCGGGUCCCUGUUGUGCUUUGGAGUUGCGAACCUCCGGCACGGCCGUACAGCAUUUUAGGGAGUCUUGCGGCCCAUGGGAUGUCAAUUUUGCUAAAGAGAUUCGUCCGCAAACUAUCCGCGCAAAGUUUGGCAUCGAUGGUGUCAAGAAUGCCGUACACUGCACCGACCUGCCAGAUGACGGUGAAUCCGAAGUCCGUUACUUUUUUGAAAUCCUGAAUCCAUGCUGA